AUGAUCAUGCAGCGCACGAGCGGCAUUGUACGUCGCCUUAUGGAACAAGAAGAGGUGCAGUGUGCAUUUAAUCGCCAUGUGAUUAUUGAGGUACAAAGUGUGCUGAAUGAAAUGGUGUAUGACGUCGAGAGCUGUGCACAUGAGUGUGAACUUGUGAAACUGAAAAGAAAGCUUGAUAUAAAGGAGAGCUCACUCGUUGAGUACCAGGAGCGCGAGAGCAAGUUGUUACAGGAGAGACAGCAAGCUUAUGAGUAUGCUACUAAAGUAGAACAUGAAGGUCGAACGAUUAUGUGUAAGUUGAAUGGACAUUUGGGUGUCGUUGUUGCGGAACUCGCUAAGAAGGAAGUAAUGGAGAGUGAGCUGCAGCAAGCAAAAGAGCAACUCAAGCUAGCUAGCCACUUGUCAAAGGAGCUGGCAAAUGCUCAACGCGAGAUCCGAGAGCUUCGACGAGAAAAUGAUAUCCAGCAUAUCUUGACGAGGAAGAAUUUAGCACCAUCAAAGUUUGUGUCGGAGUCGAGGAUACCUUUGCGAGGAAGUCAUGGAAUAGAAGGCAUGGUGGCAAUAAGUGUCAUUGAUCGAACGCUAGUACAACGUGUAAAUUUCGUAUUUGGCAUAACGACACCCUCUAGUGUAGCGAAUAGUGCUCCUCGUGCACCUGUUCGACAACCAUCGCCCCUACGGCGAAAGCUGUCAAAGACACGCAGUUUUAUUGGGUCAACUGAGAAGGAUAAACUUUCAAAGGUGGAUGCAAUCGUGAAAUCCUUGAAACCGGAUCAAGUUAAGCUCUUUCACGACAUGUCGACCAGAGUGAAGACAUUAGAGGUUCAUCUUACUCAGGUGCAGACCGAAAAGGAAGACAUAGCUGCACGAUUGUAUAGCACUGAGAGUGUGCGUGAUUUCUUAAUGGAGAAGCUAAAGGGUUUGGAAGAUAAGCUAGCAGACCUCAUGGCAAUUACGGCAAAGAAAGAUGAACAGACUGCUCUUGAUCGUGAGAUUAUCGGCUUUCUCGAUGCAAAAACGCAGGAGUACGAAACCACGUUAAAGGAAUAUGCGCAGCAAAACAAUGCACUCCGAAUGAAUAUCGCCCAAUUUCAAGAGGAACAGGGUUCCAAGACAACGAUUAUUCAAGAUAUGGUUGAACUGUUGACGGAAGAGAAACAAGAACUUGAAGCUCAAGUCCGGUCGCAACGCAAGGUUUUAGUGCGUGAAGUAAAAGUAUUGCGAGCUCAGAACCAGCAACUUACUGCUGAGAGAGACCAAUAUUUUACGCAACUUCAGCAACUGAAACACGCAUUGCAACAUUUGGACGAACUUCACUAA